ACAACUUCUCUCUUCUUAUAAGCCCGUCUUCUCAUCCUCUUCAUCUCAUCUUCCAUGUAACAAUUGUUUUCAUCCAUCAAAAGCAAUCAGAAAAACAAAUCCUAUAUAUAUUCGAUAUUUUUCUUUGUGUUGAGAAUAUUAAUCGAGUCUCAAUGGCUUCAAAUCAAGUGACUAGAGAGAAGAGAAGUGAGCAAGGUGUGGUGGAGAAAGACAAGGUUCCUAAAAUCACUUCCCAUUUUGAAUCUUUAACUGUUACUCCGGUUAAAGAGUCUUCUGGUGCGGUAAAUGUGGGGAAGUUUGAGGUGCAUGGGGUGGAAGAGAAGGAUUCGAGCAGACAAAUGGAAGAUAUUACUAAGUAUAGGCAAGAGGCGCAACAGAAGUCAAACGAUGCUUUGACCGCUGCGGCGGAGAGGUAUAAUAAGGCCAAAGAAGGUGCAGGUCCUAAAACUAAUUAUACUGUGAUGCAAGGUGGUCAGGAUACUUCUAAGGUUGCUGCGGAGAAGGCGGCCCGAGCGAAGGAGAGCGCGGUGCAAGGCGCUCAGAGGGCUUCUCAGAUUGCUGCUGAGAAGGCGGCCCGGGCAAAAGAGGGGGCGGUGCAAGGCGCUCAGAGGACUGCUGAGAUUGCUGCUGAGAAGGCGGCCCGGGCGAAGGAGAGUGUGAUGCAAGGCGCUCAGGAUACUUCUCAGGUGGCUGCGGAGAAGGCGGCCCGAGCGAAGGAGAGUCUAAUGCAAGGCGCUCAGAGGACUUCUCAGUAUGCUGCUGAGAAGGGUGGAGUUUUGAAGGACACUGCGAUUGAGAAAGGGCAGCCUUUGUAUGAAAGUACUCGAGAUACUCUUGCGAGUGCGGGGAGGACUGCGGCGGACUACACGGGGCAGACGAAAGAUUAUGUGGCGGAGAAGGCUGUUGGAGCCAAGGAUGUGGUGGCGGAGAAGGCUGUUGGGGCCAAGGAUGUAGUGGCGGAAACUGGCAAGGGAACGGCUGGGUAUGUGGUGAAGGCGAAGGAUUAUGUGGCGGAGAAGGCUGUGGGGGCUAAGGAUGUGGUGGUGGAAAGCGGCAAGGGAACGGCUGGAUAUGUGGGGAGUGUGGCUUCUACUGUCAAGGAUAAGGCUGUUGUGGCCGGGUGGGGAGCGGCUGAGUAUACUGCAGAGAAAGUUGCGGAUGCGACAAAGGCAGUGGCAAAUGUCACGGCCGGUGCUGCAGGGUAUGUGGGGGAGACGGCUGUGGCCGCCAAGGAUAAGGUGGGUAAUGUAGGAAUCAGUGCCAAGGAUUACGCUGCUCAGAAGUUGGCUGCUGCUAAGGACACUGUAGUGGCGACAGAAGAAAGUGCCAAGGAUUAUGCUGCUAGGAAAAGGGCUGAAGCUGAGAGACAAAUGCAGGCCAAGAAAUCAGCGGAAGCAAGGGGUGAAGUGUGGACUACAACUGAGCGAAAGCAUGAUGAUAUUGCAGGAGCAGGGCGACAGACGGCCGAGGCCGCGAAAGAAACAAUCUCGAGGCCAGUUGAGAAGGCAGGAGAGUUCUUCCAGGAGCAAUCAGAAUAUGGGAGAAAGGGACAGCUGGGAGGCGAGCGCACCACGGAAGUGCAACAGGGAGGGGGUGGAGUGUUCAAUGCCAUUGGCGAAACUAUAGUAGAAAUUGGUCAGACAACUAAGGAUCUCCUGGUUGGGAAGGGACAGAGUAGUCCUGCUGCUACCGAGACUGUCAAAGACUCUUCAGAGUAUAACAAGUAGAAUGUCUUGGCAAAUAAUAAUGUCUACUAGUUGUUUUGUGUAAUGUGGUGACGAUGAUGUUGUUCUUUAGUUUUGUUUUGAAGAACAAAUAACUCUGCUGUAUUUGGACUCAUUGCCUUUGUUUUGUUGUCUUGUAAAGUGCCUAGUUUUGUUAACUUUGUGUGGCACCAGCACAUAUCGACUGUGUACUGGUAACUUGAAUGAAAAAAACCAAACCCUUUUGUUGUC